AUGGCGGAUCUACCCGAUCAUGUUAUUACCCUUAUAUUUCUUCGCGUGCCUACAAAACCCUUGUUCCGGUUCAAAAGUUUAUCAAAGCAUUGGAAUCGCUUGAUUUCAGAUCCUCAGUUUAUAAAGUCUAGAUCACGUCGGAUGAUCUUUCUUCCGGGCCUACCUUUCGAUCAUGCCAUAGACAACACAGCCGCUCCAUCGAUGGCCAAGCUUACCUCUCCUAUAAUUUACCCAAAAUUGUAUAAAGAGAUCACCAUUGUUGGGUCGUUUAACGGGAUAUUCUUUUUAGUCCUAAAAUAUUGUAAACCACUCAUUAUCGAAUACAAGUGGUUUCAUGAUCAUAUGAUCCUUUACAAACCCACUCUCGGGAGAGUUCAAGGCGAAUAUUAUGAGGUGUUUGAUCUUAAAACUUGGUCAUGGAGCAGACCUUCCGAGUUAAUCAGGAGCAAUCGCAGUUGGGGUAACUGUUCGGCUACAUUUGCAAAUGGAUUUUUGUACUGGAAUGCGGAGCGAAGGGAGGAUUCGUGUCCAGCGAUACUGGCUUUUGAUAUCAAGAAUAUGGUAUUUUCGGAGAUAGAGUAUCCGGAUGGGUGUUAUUGUUUGGGUACAUACAACGCGCGGUUGUGCAUGCUUUGCCCUCAAGUUAAUAUGGAUGGAUUCGAGUUAAGGGUGAUGAACGAACAUAGGUCAUGGUCGACGAUAUGUUUGUUUACAUCGUCGUUCAAAUCGUUAAUUUCCCAUGAGGCUGCAUUAGGGGGGUUGUGUAUUUUGGAUGAUGGGAAACUGCUUAUGUCAAAGUCGUCAAAAGAAUUCAUCAUCUACGACAUGUUUGAAGAUUCAUAUGAGGAGGUUAACGCCUUGACGAGUGUUGUUCGAGCAGGGAGGCUGCAUUGUGUGGAAUAUGUGGAAAGUUUGAUAUCGCCAUCCGAUGUGUGUUCUACUUCCAUAUGA